UGUGACAUCUGAAAGAACACGGAGAGGUUAGAGUUUCACAAUUUUUGAAAAGAAAAUAAACAAGAACAACAUAGAUAAAUCGUACAAAAAGAAUUUGAAUAAGUGUCAUUUCAAUUAAAUAUUUGUCUUUUUGUAUGUGGGUGGGUAAACAUGGAAGGAGAUUACGAAAUGCCAUGUUGCUCAAGAAAUAAUGCAGAUACCCAGGAGCAAGAGUUAACUGAACUUACAUUGGCACAAGGAAUUAACGUUUGGGGCGAAAAUCAACAAACUUUGGAAGAACAGGCAUUAGAAGAAAUUAAUAUUUUUACGCAACAAAAUGCAACAAAGGAUGUGGAAGAAGGUGAAAUUGUUGAGGAUAAGAAAAAAGAGAAUUUUUCGUCUUUGGAUAUUACCAGUUAUAUAAAACGACAAGAAGAAUUGAGGAAAAUACAAGAAUACAAAAAGACGUUACAAGUAAAAGAUAACAAAUCUAAAAUAAUAGCUGAUAAAAUUACUGAAAAGCAAAAGAGGAGUUUAAAAAAGAGAAAAACCAGUAGUAGUGAAAAAGGCCCUGUGAAGAAAAAAGUUCAAAUAGACUGUACCGAGAAAAAAGAAAAGGGAAAUGAUUCCGGGAGUGAAUAUGUUCCUUCAGAAGAUGAAGACAGCGAUGUUGAAAGAGAUUAUAGCCAAUUAAGAAAACAAAAAAAUGUUACAAGUAAUAAUGUUCAAAAAAUUAAAGACGACGGUUGUGUAAAAUCUUACAAAAGUAGAUUAAAAGAAUACUACAAGGACCUAGAAUCUGUAAAUAUUUAUGCCGAGGAAGAUUCAGAUACCCCUGAUUUUUACACUAUUAAAGGAGGUUUAAAAAUACCUUUAAGAAUUUGGUGUAAUUUAUACCCAUACCAACAGGAAGGUGUAAGAUGGUUAUGGAACCUUCACAGGCAGUCCACUGGUGGUCUUCUAGGAGACGAGAUGGGUCUGGGCAAAACAGUCCAAGUGAUUGCUUUUUUGGCAGGUCUCGAAUACAGCAAAAUUAUUUCUUAUGACCGUUUCAAAGGUCUAGGCCCCACACUGAUUGUCUGCCCCGUCACUGUAAUUUACCAGUGGGUGAAACACUUCCACGAUUGGGCCCCAGAAUUUCGCGUAGCGAUUUUGCACCAAAGUGGCAACUAUGAAGGAAAAAAAUCAAAUUUGAUUAAAGAAAUACACAAUGAUAAGGGAAUUUUAGUCACAAGUUAUGGUGGUAUAUUAAAGUACAAAGAAAAUCUCACACAGUUUGAAUGGCAUUACGUAAUUUUGGAUGAAGGCCAUAAAAUUAGAAACCCUAAUGCUAAAGUCAGCGUUGCGGUAAAAAAAAUUAGGACACCACAUAGACUCAUGUUAACUGGAAGUCCCAUGCAAAAUAAUUUACAAGAACUGUGGAGUUUGUUUGAUUUUACAAAUCCCGGAAUGUUGGGGAAUUUGAACACUUUUAUGGAGCAUUUUAAUAAUCCCAUAGUUCAAGGAGGGUUUGCCAAUGCGACUCCAAUGCAAGAAGCUACAGCUUUGUCUGUUGCGACAACUUUAAAAAAUUUGAUCACUCCUUACUUAUUAAGGAGGUCGAAACAUGAAGUUCAGGAGCAUAUUAGUUUGCCUAAUAAAAGCGAGCAAGUUUUGUUUUGCUCUCUUACAGAGGAACAACGAGAGUUAUACAAGGGUUUUUUAAUGAGCGAUCACGUUUCAUCAAUUAUGGGAAGUUCAAAAAAUUGGUUUGCAGAAAACCAAACACGAGCAAAUGUUUUAAUUUCAAUAACAGCUUUGCGAAAAAUUUGUAAUCAUCCUGAUAUUUAUUUACAUGCAGCUGGUGAGGCGGACGAUGAUCAAAUCGAUGUUCACGAUCAAAAAUUUGGGCAUUAUAAAAAGUCCGGGAAAAUGAUCGUAGUGUCAGCUUUAUUAAAAAUUUGGAAGAAACAAAAACACCGAGUUUUAUUGUUUACUCAAAGUAGGGCAAUGAUUACGAUUUUUGAAGAGUUUCUAAAACAGCAAGGGUACACAUAUUUAAAAAUGGAUGGCAGCACAUCUGUUAGUUCCAGACAACCUUUGAUAAAUAAAUUUAAUGAAGAUUCUAGCUACGACGUAUUUUUAUUAACUACUAAAGUUGGAGGUUUAGGAGUUAAUUUAACUGGCGCUGAUAGAGUAAUUAUUUAUGAUCCUGACUGGAAUCCUGCUACAGAUACUCAAGCCAGGGAGCGUGCCUGGAGAAUUGGUCAGGAGAAGCAAGUUACAAUUUAUAGGUUGCUUUCGGCUGGAACAAUUGAAGAAAAGAUGUAUCAGCGGCAAGUCUGGAAGCAACUUCUCAGUAAUAAGGUCCUUUUGGACCCCAAAACACGCAAAUUUUUUAAAUCAUCAAAUCUUCACGACUUGUUUUCACUGCCAGAAAAACGAGAAGAUUCAAACCCAGAGACUACUAAUAUAUUUCGGGAUGCUAGAGUAAAACUUCAGGAGCAACUAACAGAAAAACAAAAGAAAAAGCCAAAAGAGACUUUUCAGUUUUCUGAGGAUAAGAUUCAAGCUAUGAAAAAUUUGGCUCAAGAAAUAGCGAAAAGUAUAUCAAAACCACAAGAACAGGUGCAGAAAAGUUCUUAUCAAAUCCAGUUGGAAGAAGAAAGGCAGGAAAAAUUAAAAAUGAAGAAGGAAUUGAAACAGUUGACUCCGUUGGAGUUGAUGUAUUUGAACAGGGAAAAGGCGAAAGAGCGACCUGAGUCUCGCUCCAAUAAGGUUGAUGAUUGUGACACUCAUGUUAGUUUUUCCAAAGCGUUGGAAUACUCUGAAAAAAAUGCGAAAUUGUAUCAUGAAUUGAAAUGUGAGAAAGUGAAGAAAGAUGAAAAGAGGAAAAGUGGGAGCAAGAAGAAAACGUCAAAGGACAAAGAUAUAUUUAAGACCGUGAUAGACAACACUGGGUCAAUAGAUGGGGAAAAGGUCGACGGUUUGGUUAAAACCGAAAUUAAAAAGUUGCGAAAGAAACAUGAAGCUGGUAAAACGAUUGAAAGUCAAGAUGAUUACGUUUUGGAAAAGUUGUUUAGCAAGAAGGGGGUAUCAGGGGCACUUCAACAUGAUUCUAUUUUGAAUAGUAGUGUCAAGACACAAAGUCUGAAAGUACAAACUGAAGCUAAAUUGCGGGCUGAUAAGGCUCUAGAGGCACUCAGGAAGUCACGUCUUAAUAGCUGGAGGUGGUAAUUUCAGUAUUUUUGUAUAAAUUUUGUAUUUUUUGGCAAUAAAUGUUUUAUAUUA